AUGGAUGACACAGAAAGUACAACAACAUCUGCAGAUGAAAAUACUGGUAAUUUGUGCGACAAUCCAACAAGGGAUACCCUAGCUGAGGGUCUUUUAGGUCUUCUAAAGCCUACAGUUGAUCAACUUGACGAUCGAGUUAGGGCUACUAGAAUUUCACAAUUGGAGUUAAAGCAGCAGAUUGAGUCAUUAAAUGAAGAAUUGCUGAAAGUGAGAGAAGCUCUCAAUAACCAUCCUGAGUUGGACCCAUAUGUUAAAAAACUAAUAGCUUGUAAACAUAAAGUUACAGUAGUACUUAAUGUAUUACAAGCAUCUCAAGAUAGACUUAAUGAAAUAAGGCGAAUGAUUAAUAAAGAGAAAAGUGUUCGACCUGCAGUUGCAGAAAUACCUCAAGAACCAGAACAAAGUACUAGUAGUGCUGUAUUAUCUGAUCAUGGCACUGAAGACAGCUUUCUACUCCUUGAUGCCUUAGAAAAAGAUCUACAGUAUAUAAAAUCUAAAAACCCCACUUUUUGUUUGGAAGUUGGCUCAGGAAGUGGCAUUGUUAUUACAGCGUUUGAUUCAUAUGAAUGUGGAAGUUGUGGUAUUGAAGCGAGUUGGGCUGGUGGUGUCAAAGGUAGAGAAAUCACAGACAGACUUCUGGAUAUGAUACCAAAGAUAUUAUCUAACAAUGGUACCUUUUAUCUCCUACUUAUUAAAGAAAACAUUCCACUUGAAGUCAUUCAAAUCAUGACUGAACAUGGUUAUAAAUCAGAGACUGUUAUACAGAGACAAGUUAAAAAUGAGCAACAAUUAGUAUUAAAGUUUUAUAGA